ACUAAGUUAUAUUUUAGUUUUGGUCGGAAUCUGUUUUAGAAAUUUAAUAUAAAUUUUUCCUUAUAAAAAUAAUUCCAAUGCAUAAUUUGACUCCCUCCCCAUAUAUUCCUCUCAAAACUAAUACAAAACCAACCACAUUUUCCCAUUUCACUAUUUAUUGGUUAAUAACUUUUUUCACAAUAAGCUUCAUUUUUAUUUUUAUUUUUUAGAUAAUAGAAUUAAGUGAAAAACAAAGGAAUAUCAGUUUAUAAAAGAUUCCUAAGCUCCCUGCAAUAUAAUUCCACCCUCUCUUUUAUAUAAGGCCUAGAUCCAAUCAAAAGAAAAUCUCCACUCUUUCAAAAAUUAUUCUUUGUGGUCAUAGGCUUAAUACUCUUAUCAAAAUGAUGGUUCCAUCUCAGAUAUAUCAUGACAACAUGAAUGAUGAAGCAUGUGCUAUCUGUAGAGAUGGGGGAGAUUUAAUUUGUUGUGAUAGCUGUCCUUCAGUUUUUCAUCAAAGCUGCUUGAAUAUAGAAGAGCUUCCAUCAGGUGAUUGGCACUGCAUUUUCUGUUGCUGUAAAUUUUGUGGAUUAUUUAAAGAAAGUAAAAGACAAGAUACUGCAAAUAAUCCAAACUAUGGAUGUGUGUUUCUCACAUGUCAAACAUGCAGGAAAAAAUAUCAUGAAUCUUGUUUUGACGCAAACACUAAUGAGACAGUUCACUUCAAUCGUGCAUCUGUAUGUGGAAAAAUAUGUCAACAGAUAUUUGAGAAGUUUGAAAUACUUCUAAGGGGUAAACAUGAAGUUGGAGAUGGAUUUUCUGUGACUCUAUUUUGUAAAUCACAUGAUAUUCACUGGAGUGAUUCAAAGAUGGAUGAGGCAUUAUCAAUAAUGUAUGAAUGCUUUCAACCUAUUUUUGUCAAUCAUAAUGCCAACAAGAUUGAUAUGAUCCCAAAUAUUUUAUCUAGCCGCUGGUCAAGUUCUCCUUCAAUUAAUUAUGCUGGAUUUUUUACUGUACUUUUGGAAAAUAGAGGCCAGGCGAUUAGUGUUGCUACUAUCAGGAUUCAUGAAAACCAGUAUGCAGAGAUGCCAUUUAUUGGAACACGCUAUAUGUAUAGAAAAAGAGGAAUGUGUCGUCGUCUCAUGAAUGCCAUUGAAUCGAUAUUAAGAUUCUUGAAUGUUGAGAUGUUAAUCAUUCCAUCUGCUCAAGAAGUAUUGCACACUUGGAUUUCUUGUUUUGGAUUUGAGCCACUUGAUAUGAACACAAAAAAUCUAAUCAAGAACAAAAAUGUGGUGAAAUUCUUUGGAGUUGAAAUGUUGCAGAAGAAGAUAAACAAAGUGUGACCUUUCUACUAAAAAUGUGAAUUUUAUUGAAAGGAAAAGGAAAGUUGUAUUUGAGUUAUAUGUUGGCACUAAAACUCAUGGGAUCAUGAAAUGUUCA